AUGAUAGGAAGAAACAGCAGCACUCUAAUAAGAUCAUUAUCAAGAUCAUCAAAUAAUGUCAUUGGAUUGACCUUUAAUUCCAGCACUGCUGCUGCUGUUGGUGGUUAUAGACUAUUUUCAAACACUUCCUCCUCCUCCUCCUCUUCUUCAUCAUAUCAAUCUUCAUCAAUAUCAAAGAUAAACAUCACAUCUAACAAUAAUAAUAAUAAUAAUAAUAAUCAAAAACAACAAGAUUCUUCUUCUUCUUCUUCUUUUAAAGAAAGAAACAAAGAUGAUGGGACAAAAAAGAUUAUUACAUUAUUAUCAUUCUCUAUAGGAUCAUGGUUUGGAUGGGGACAACAACAAAGAGACGAUCAAGAUGACGCAAUGACAAAGAGCAAGAAAAGAUUCCCAAAACAAAAAGUGACAAACUUUGAAGAUGCUAUGGAAUGGUAUCAAACAUUCUAUCAACACCAAGACAUUGAAUACUUUUUAGAUGCAAUGACUUUGCUUUUAGGUAAAGAAUCACAAGCAUACAUCAAAACACAGUUGUCACACAUCAAACACAACAAAGAUCUAAAGACAGUAGCGCGUAUUCAAACCAUUCAAUCAUUCUACUAUCUUCCAAUGGUUGGAUUCAUGGUAGAAAUGAUGAAACUCUAUCCAGAAAAGGUAGAGGGAUGGUAUGAUCAUCUCAUGUCACAACCAGAUAUUACUACACCUUGGAAGAGUGUACUUGGUAAUCUUGAUCCAAGCAUGUUAAUCACUCUUGCCGUAUCUCUUGUAGGCAAUGAAAAUGCUAAAAAGAUUCAAAAAAGAAUUGUGGUCUCUAAUUUGGAGAAAUCUAAAACAACAAACGCCGACGAAAAGACAAUUCAAGAAAACAUCAAACAUCUUGAUGCUUGGGCAACCAACCAAAAGGAGAGUCUUCCAACAUUUCCACUUCUUCUUAUAGGUCAAUAUCUAUGCACAGGUGAUGAAGCUAUUGUACGUCGUAUCGUAGAAAUGUGGAGAAAGGCAUUGAUGCAUCUCGAAAAGUCAACACUCUCCAACACAUCGGCAUCCAACAUCACAAAUGACAUUAACAAAAAGAUGGAAUUUGAACAAAGAGAUAUGAUCAUUGAUGAACUCAGCCAAGCAAUUCGUCUUUUGUCAAAGGAUCAAAAAGCUCAUCAAUUAUUAAAGGAUGAAUUAUCUCAUCAUUUAAAACAACAAAAUAAAUAA